AUGGCGAGAGUUUUUGAGCUCGUAGAGCUAUGCUCGGACCUUGGUGCUGGCGCUGCAUCGGAGCGCGGGGCGGUGCUGGCCCUCAAGGACCAGCUGGUUGAGACGAGGGGCGAGAACACGGCGCUACAUCAGCGAGCCAUCCUGGCCGAGUCCCGGUCCUGCCUCCUGCCACCGGUUCUUGCUGCCAACGACGCCGCAACCGCGGCAUUCCCGCCAUCGCAACCGGACCAUCCUGCCGCACUGUUGCAGCGCUCCGUGCCGGGCCCUCCUCGUCAGCCGGCCCCUCGGACGUACGCCGCGGCGCUCGCCUCGGGGAUGGAGCCCCCUGGCCCACCUUCGCGACGCUGCCGAGCGGGACGUCCGCUCCAGCAAUACCUCCGGACUUCCGAGCACGUGGCGUUUGUCACGCCGCUCCGCGCCGUCGACCACGCCUGCCCGGGACACCCUGCGACUGAUCAAGGCGAACAUCGACCCAGUGGAAAAAGACAUCAAAAGACGUGA